CCUAUCACGGACACGCGCAACAUAUCGAAUGGACAUUGGGCACGUUGAGAGACGCUGGGUUCAAGAUUGCGCUCGAGAAGAGCGAAUUUUUCCUCUCGAAAAUUUCGUUAUUGGGCUACGUCGUGACACGUGGAGGACUACGACCGGACUCAAGAAAGGUUGCAGCAGUGAAGGAAGCCCCGGUUCCCACGUCACUGACACAGGUUCGAGCCUUCUUGGGGUUAGCGUUGUACUACCGACGCUUCAUCAAGGGCUUCGCCGCGAUUGCACGACCAUUAACGAAUCUGCUACGGAAGGAGAAUUAAGGAGAGAGGCCGGGGAAGCAGCGUCCCAGUUGGCCGAGGACGGGGAAGAAGAACGCAAAGCAGAAGAAGAAGCGGCGGAAGCCGAGGACAAAGAAGAAGAAGAAGCAGAGGGGGAGACUUCGGAAGAAGAAGAGGAAGCCUAUAGCGAGCACAGUGAGGAGGAGCAAAGUAAAGAGGAGGAGGGCGAAGACGACGACGAGGGAGUGGGAAGCGGAGAAGACGAUCGGGAGCUAGCGCACGACGAUGAACUCGAGUAUGGCCUCCUUAAUGGAGGGCCUGCUUCUACACACGAGGAGGAGGAGGAGGAGGAAGAAGAAGAAGAAGAGGAGGAGAAGGGGGAGAACGAGGAGGAGGAGGAAGAAGAAGAACAGGAGGAGGAGGAAGCAGAAGAAGAGGAGGAAGAGGAAUAUGAGGAGGGGGCAUUGACGAUGGAGGAAGAGGAAGAGGAGGAAGAAGAGGAGGAGGAGGAGGAGGGAGAAGAAGAGGAGGAGGAGGAAGAGAAGGAGGAGGAGGAGGAGGAGAAGGAGGACGAGUCAGUGGAAGAGGAGGAAUGGGUCGUGGCGAUGGAGGCCAAGGAGGAGGAGGAGGAGGAAAAAAAAGAGCAGUAGGGUGAGGAGGAGGUCGAGGAGAAGGAGGAUGUCUUUUAAUUUUCACCACAACCUUUGAUGAUUUUUCUUUUCUUUUUGAUAAAUUCAAAUUGACUGA